ACCCAACAGAAGCCCCGACGCACUAAACGGAAGGAAUCUGGUGGAAUGAAACAAAGGUUGCACUUUGGUCUUCCCCUGCGGUACAUCGGCUACUGUAAUCCACUCCUCAUCCAUCCCUGUCCCUGUGGUGGUUCUGCUGGAUAGCUCCAUGGCAGUGCAAGGAGGCAGGUUGUCUGCCAGCAAUUGUCCUAUGGACUUUUACAGCAUCACGGCUUACCAUAGUCCAGUUUUAUGAACCGUUUAAAGUUAUCCUCCAACCACGUUAUAUUACAAAUGGGCUUGAAAGGCAUGGCUUGUUUCAACGGGUGCCCUAUUAUUGGAAUGAUGCCCACAGACUUCUAAGCUUUUCUUGCAUGAUGUUAUAGUUAGCAUGGUUGCACUACUCUUGCUAUCGAUAUAAAGCUAGCUUUAUUUGUACUACAGAGAGUAUCCACCUUGACAGCAAGAUUUUUUUUUAAUUAAAUGUUGGCCUUUCUGCGAUAUAAAUGUCUAAUACCUGUGAGCAGGGACCACUUCUCUGCGGCAGUCCAUCUAAAGCGGGCAUCUUUGCUGUGCUACACUUGUCUCAUUGCCGCGUCUGUGAGGGAAAAUGAGGUGGACGCAGAGGCAGUGGUACCGUAGCCUACUCAAACCGGAUGAUUCAUUCUUGAGUUAUUCGAGGAAGUUAGUUUGAAACGCUCUGUUAUCAUCUGUAUGCAGGCGCGCCACCUCACUUUUUCAUUCACUUCGCUACGGAGCUGUCAGAACACUACCUGGGUUUGAGGAGUGGGGAUUUGUUAUUUGUAACAAUCGAUUGUUACGAAGCAUUCUAGUGGUGUUGUUGCGGGAAGCAUUUUGGGUGUGACAAAUUGCGUUACAAGUUAACAUGUCACAGCAUGCACUGAUGGUUUACAUCAUGUGUGUGGGCAGCCGUCUCUUCGUCAACCCAUGCGGAUGACACGACUACUAAAUCUUUGGAGAUUGUCUGUUAGAAACGUUAUCACUGAUCUGCUGUCAAGUGUUCAUUUGAAAGACUUGACUGGCCAUAUCCUUGCAAGAACUUUUCGAAACUUGCGCGAAUCCCUUUGUGAAGUCAUGUAGCUGGGAGGCAGUCUCUUUUCUCUUCCCCCCCCCCCGCUCUCCACAGAUUGAUGCCUCGGUGUCAGGAACACUGCUCUUCACAGUACUUUUGUCCCUCUUGUACAGAUGUACAGUCUUUGGGUUACUUUUUUGGCGGCGUUAUCUCCUUAACAGUGCUGGUUGCUAUGGCCUUUUUAAAUGGACCCAGAUUACUAGACUGGGCGAACUCACCUCCACAUCUUCAGUUUAACAAAUAUGUUUUGACUGGAUAUCGACCAAUAUCUUCUCUUCAAGACUGCAUUCGGAGUCUUUUUUAUCUGCACAAUGAGUUGGGGAACAUAUAUACGCAUGGCAUCCCACUGCUGUGUUUCCUGGUGCUGCUACCUCUCAACAUCCCCUGGUCCCAGAUCAGCGUGACGUGGCUGGGCGUGGUGCACUUCCUGGCCUGUCUGUCGCCGCAGCUGGGCUCGGUGCUCUACCACCUCUUCAUGAACCACGAGGGCGGCGAGCCCGUCUACCACACGCUGCUCAAGCUGGACAUGUGCGGCAUCUGCAUGAUCAACACCUUAGGAGCGUUGCCCAUCGUGUACAGCACGCUGCUCUGCUACCCCUUCACGCGGACGCUGGCGCUCCUGGUCUACAUCCUGCUGUCCAGCUACGCCAUCUACUGCGCGGUGACGGCGCGCAACAGCGUGCGGCGUCUGCGCUCCUUUGCCUGGCAGGCCCUCUUCCGCUUCAGCUUCUUCCUGCUGCGCUGGGCGGGCGUGGGCGGCGGCAGCCCCACCUCGCUGCGCCACUUCCUGACCAUGGACGCGCUGGCCGUGCUGGGCGGCGUCAUCAACAUCACGCGCAUCCCCGAGCGCUUCCGGCCGGGCCUCUUCGACUACUGGUGCAACAGCCACCAGAUCAUGCACGUGCUGGUGGUGGGCUCCAUCCUCUACCUGCACUGGGGCGUGCUGGACGACCUGCUCUGGAUCAACACCUACCACUGUCCCUCGGACUGACCCAGGGGCCAGGGCCCUGGCUGGGAGUGUGGUCGGGGCUGGGGGUGGGGGUGGAGA